CUGCAGCCUGGGAGCCGGGACUCGGCGACCAUCAGUUCGCACGUGACCAGGCUGCCAUUCAGACUCCCAUUUUCCCACUUCAGGCCUAUUCAUUAAGUUGAUGGUUUUGAGACAGUGCCUCUCUACACAGUCCUGGCUAUCCUGGAGCUGUACUCAAAGAGAUCUGCAUGCCUCUGCCCUCAGAGUGCUGGGAUUCAAGGCGAGCGCCUUCACACCUUGCUGUCAUUACUUUUUAACCCUAAAAUAAAUUCUUCAGCGCCUGGUUAGCAAAAGCGGGGAAAACGCUAGCGAGUCUUGUUCCCAAAUUAAAAACAACAGCAAACCUAAAACAGAAAUACCAGUGAGAACUCAACAGGAGUAUGGUGUUAAUGGUGUGGGAAUGGCCUUUUCACUGAAUGAGGAAAUCGAAGCCAUGGCUGCCAUUUAUGGGGAAGAGUGGUGCGUUAUAGAUGAUUGUGCCAAAGUAUUUUGUAUUAGAAUCAGCGACGACAUAGAUGACCCCAAAUGGACACUUUGCUUGCAGGUGAUGUUACCGAGUGAAUACCCAGGUACAGCGCCACCUAUUUAUCAGUUGAAUGCUCCUUGGCUGAAAGGGCAAGAACGUGCAGACUUAUCAAACAGCCUUGAGGAAAUAUACAUACAGAAUAUUGGUGAAAGUAUUCUUUACCUGUGGGUGGAGAAAAUAAGAGAUGUUCUGAUACAGAAAUCCCAGAUGACAGAGCCAGGCCCAGAUGUAAAGAAAAAAACUGAAGAGGAAGAUGUUGAUUGUGAAGAUGACCUCAUUGUAGAACAUCAGCCAGCAAAUGCAGUUAAAACAGUAGACUUCAACAUCAGUGAACAUGUACCAGAAAUAGAAGAACUGCCUCCAGUUGACCAUGGCGUUCCUAUCACAGACCGAAGGAGCACUUUUCAGGCCCAUGUGGCCCCCGUAGUCUGUCCUAAGCAGGUGAAAAUGGUUCUUGCCAAAUUGUAUGAGAAUAAGAAAAUAGCCAGUGCCACCCACAAUAUCUACGCCUACAGGAUAUACUGUGAGGACAAGCAGGCCUUCCUGCAGGACUGUGAGGAUGAUGGAGAGACAGCUGCUGGGGGUCGUCUUCUUCACCUCAUGGAGAUUUUGAAUGUGAAGAAUGUCAUGGUGGUGGUAUCCCGUUGGUAUGGAGGAAUUCUGCUCGGACCUGAUCGUUUCAAACAUAUCAACAACUGUGCCAGGAACAUACUGGUGGAGAAGAACUUCACAAGUUCACCUGAGGAGUCAUCUAAGAGUUUGGGAAAGAAGAAAGUAAAAAAAGACAAGAAGCGGAGCGAACAUUAAUCUUGAAACUGUAUGAAAGAUUAAUUUCCGAGUCAUUGUGUACACAUUCCCGGUGGUUAACGAAUACACGAAGACGGCCACUUGACAGCUCCAGUCAGCCAGUUCAUCAUGGACACCAGCGUUAUGUUUCCUUCCUUGGUUCUAUCAUUUGCCAAAAUAGAGAAUUUAGGAUUAUUCACAAGUGUUUCCGACUUGUGUGGAACUGAUAUGAGCUUAGUCACCGUUUCCUAUAACUCUUGGAAGGUGGCAGAUGUAGGGCACUGUAACUGAGCUAACUGUCCAUUUCAGUUCAUGUCAAGUGCCUUUGUUUGGCAGGGAAGACGUGUCUUCAGAAGACGAAAUGCCUGAUUUCUUGUGAUAGAUAUUCUCACACCGUUAAAUGAACAGGCUUUUACUGCUCCUGUAGCUUCUCAGAGCGGGGCUCAGUGAAGACUGCAGCCGUGGAGAAUCUUUCCUUGUGAUUUCACAAGCUUGUCACUUAUCAUCUUACAGUGUUCACCAUGGAGUAAUAGUAAGUGAAAAUCCAGGAGUAUCCAUCUGUGAUUAUGUGCCGAAGUGGACAUUCCACAUAUCUGCUAGCCCAGUUCUUAGCCCUCCCUUUUGUUCAAAAUUGGUGUUCGUGAAAUUUCAAAAAGUGAUUUUUUUUAGUCUCUGCCUUUUAUUAAUUCCUGUAAUGAAACAGUGAGCGUUGAGUCUCGGGAGUCCUUCCAUCCCUUCAGUGUGGUGAGGUGACAUUACAGUGUCUCUAAACAGCCUGGGAGCGCCUUCCUUGUGUCCUUCCUGGGACUGUGGCCAACAGGACACUUCAGUAAGGUGAGGUGGCAGAACACCACUGGUGCGGGGAGAGCUGGACUAGUCUGCACACUUGCAGGGAGAGCUGACUAGUUUAUGCACACUUUCAGGGGAGAGCUGACUAGUCUGCACACUUGCAGGGAGAGCUGGACUAGUCUGUGCACGCUUGCAGGGGAGAGCUGGACUAGUCUGUGCACACUUGCAGGGAGAGCUGACUAGUCUGUGCACACUUGCAGGGGAGAGCUGGACUAGUCUGUGCACACUUGCAGGGAGAGCUGGACUAGUCUGUGCACACUUGCAGGGAGAGCUGGACUAGUCUGUGCACACUUGCAGGGAGAGCUGGACUAGUCUGUGCACACUUGCAUCUAUAUCUGGACAGUUUUUUAGUUCUGUGAUUUUUGUUGAGAGAUGGAGGGACAAAUCUUUUAAUUAGGAAAAACAAAUUCUUUCCCUCCAAAUUCUUGGCAAAUCCCCCUUUUAACAGUGUUUUAUUUAUUUAUUUAUGUUUCACCUGCAUGUUCCUUUUUUUUUUUUUUUUUGGUUUUUUGAGACAGGGUUUCUCUGUGUAGCUUUGCGCCUUUCUGGAACUCACUUGGUAGUCCAGGCUGGCCUCGAACUAACAGAGAUCCGCCUGGCUCUGCCUCCUGCAUGUUCCUUGUAAGGAAAAAGACAGAGAGAGUCCCUUUGAGAUGUAGGUAAGUUGUAUACCGUUAUCUAUCAGAUAUGAUGCCAGCAAUUACUAAGUUCAUCAAGUGAUCACAGGCCUGUUUGACUCCCCUCCCAAGGAAGGGACCAGAACGAAAUUAGGAAGCAGCUUUGGGAUGGCACUGGAAUGUGGAGCAUCUGAGAGUGGGCAGAUGUUCUUCUCUGACCUUUAACCCUGGAAGCUCCACAUCCUCACUUGGUAUUUUAAAUAGGAAUCCAGGAGCCAGCUUUACACUAGAGUAGGUUCUGAGACAGAAGUCUUAUUUUCAACAUUAUUUAAUGUUGUACGUUAUCGAGAACUAUAGGAUAACCUAUAUGUGUGUAUUUGGAGCACUUACCUCUGUUUCCAUGAAAUGCUGAGUAUAUCCUAUGUAUUAACUGUUACAGAACUUAGACAUUAUUUGCUAAAGAUAAUUUCACAAUAUUGACAUUUCAGACCUGUGAAAAGUGAUAAAAACACUAAAAUUUAUGCUGCAGGAGGAAGGAGUAAUUUUUCCCAGCACACUGAUUUUGAGUUUCUUUCCUGGUGUUUUGUCUAAAAUGUAUUAGGGUUUACAGAAGACAAAACAUUUUUUUUUAAUCUCUGAUCUCAUUUCCUUCACUUAAAAAUGUUAAAAUGUUUUCUUCAUUUUACAAGAUUACUAACCGUAUUUUGUAGGUUGAGCUCCUCAACCUUCUUCACUGCAGGAGGGAGGAGAGAUCCCAAAUUCUUCAGUUCUAACUCCUGAAAUUAUGUAUUUCACUCUUACCAUCAAUGCAAAAUAAUGGUAGCAUAUUUUUCUCUAUUAAGAUAGAGAAAAAUCAUAUGUAGAGAAUUUUCUAGUUCUCCAGAUAAUAACUUUCUAUAGCCAGGUGUCUGCUGUGGUGUUCUCUAUAUUAUAUUAGUUACAAUUUUCUUCACAUGCUGGUAUAUAAAAGCAAGUAGCAUCUACUUUAAUGGGCAUAGCAGUAGCUGCAUGAAGGAGAUGUUUGGAAGGACGUUAAUUAGUUCAAACCAAGCACAGAACAGAUGAAGCAGAUACUGUGUGGAGGGCAGGUUGAAUGAUGUUGGGAAAAUUGUAACCGCAUCCAGUCCACUAAAGAGAUGACAAUAAAUGGUGUAUACAGUUCUUACUUUUUCUUAUGCAUGAUUUUGUAUAUAUGGCUAUUUUUCUUUCCAUAAAAAUGAUAUUAAAGUAUAUAUACUGUUUUUUAUCCUACACAUUUCAUAUAGAAGUAUAUUGUUAACAUUUUCCCAUAUCAAUAAAUAUUCUUCUAUGGCUUA